UUAAAUCCUCUCCUCCUAUUCAGGGAGCUACCAAAUCUGGGAUGACCUUGUAUCUGGCAUGGGAUCCCUGUGGAUCGUUCUUCUUCUAAAGGAUUUUAAUUGUUUCCGCAAAAACUUUUUCGUACAUGUUUGUUUUAUCUGCUGCUGCUCUUUGAUUGUUUUUUACAAAAUGGUUCAAAGGGAAGUUUUGGAAAGUGUGAUGUGCUCUUGUGCCUAUUUGCAGGCCAACUAUAAAUAGUCCAGCAGCCUACGCAUGCUCAUGUUAGAUUGGAAAUCUCUGUGCCUUAAGUCAGAGCUGUGGGGUAUCUGUCAAAGGAGGGAAAGACACUUGUGAACGCUUGAAUUCAUCUCCCAGAAAAGCCAGAAAACGUUUUUUCCUGAAGACAUAUUUUGUUCUUCUUCACGUGUCACAAUAUCUGGUUAAAAAUGGGUUCACGGAGGGCACCGACUCGCUCCAAUUCUGGGAAUGGAAGAUCCACCAACGGGGAAACAAUCGAUGGCAGUAGUAGGUCCAGCGGCUGCAGCUACCUUUCCAACGUGAGGCCAGAAACCAGGAGCACAUUCUCCAGCGUGAUGGCACAACUGACCGAGGAGACGCAGCCCUCCUUUGAAACGACCCUCAAGUCAAAAGCUGUGUCAGAGAAAUGCAACGUGAAGUUCUCAUGUGUGGUUACAGGAUACCCAACGCCUCAGCUUACUUGGUAUAAGGAUGAUGUGCAGUUAGACAGAUACUGUGGCCUGCCUAAAUAUGAAAUAUUCCGCAAUGGACAGAACCAUUCCCUGCAUAUUUACAAUUGCACCGUGGAGGAUGCAGCUAUAUACCAGGCCUCGGCCAUCAACAGUAAAGGUAUCGUGUCCUGCUCUGGGGUUCUGGAGGUGGGUGAAAUGAACGAGUUUAAGAUCCACCAGCGCUACUUUGCAAAGCUCAAACAAAAGGCUGAGAACCGGCGCAGGGAAGCAGAAGGUAAAGAAAACCAGGAGCCGCUACGAACCAUCAGUCCCGACCGGACGCAGAGGAAACGCCGAUCCACAAUGGAGGCCUUCCUCAGCACGCCGAGCUCCACGGAGGAUGAGGGCACUGAGGAGAACCAGCAGGCUGUGGCUGCAGUGACCGAGGCCAGAUUACAGGAGGCCACUGUGGAGGAGGUUGAGGAAAAGCCAGUCACUAACGGACAAGUCGUAACUGAAAAUGGAAGCAAGGGCGGAACGUACAUACAUGAUGCUGGGCAUAAGACUUUUAAUGCGCACCAACCCAAAACUCCCUUUGUCAAGAAGAAGAUAAAAAUUUCUAACUGCACAAAAGUUGCAAAAGCAGAUACACUGGGAGAGAGGGCGUCUGAGGAAAGGAGGGCAAAGGACGAGACCUCAGCCUCUGCAGCUCCAACCUGCAGAGAUUCAGUACCGUGUAAAGGGAAUCAAGAGGAGGUUAUGGAAGUAGAGACGAUUUCUAGUCCAACAAUUGUGGAUCCAAAGUACAGAAACAUGACAGAACCACGUCAGAAAUCAGCAGCAGAGAAAGCAAUCCUAGUUAAAAGGCCUUCAAAGGGUGAUAGCGUAUGUCAUGUGCCUUCACAGAUAGAGCAGCUCCCUGUUUCACUAUCUCCUGCUGCUCUUACGUCUGAAGGUCAGACCGUGUCAGGAACUGAGGAUAAUCAUGUGGCAAAGCAUGCGAAUGAGGCUGGACUCAGAAGACAAGAGGAGAAUGUGGAAACGCAGAAACAAAGUCCCAACCUCAACCUCAACAUGACCUCAACACGACAGUCAAGAGUUGCAUCAACACCCCUACGCACAACUAAGAAGGACGCUAUUAAAAGAGAUGUUACAGCCAUGGAUAUUGAUAAGAGGUCAGAUACUUCCACGAGUGUAACUUUGGGACGCAGAGACCUCACGUCAGGUGACACACCGUGUGAAAUCAGGGCUGCUUCACCAGAGCGUCCAUGUGAACAGGCUGGAGAUAAGCCGUCUGAGAAGGAAACACGCCCCUGCCAAAAAAGUGCGCCCGCGUCGCGACACGUCCCGCAGAGUGAGGUUACUCAGGCCCGUAUAAAGAAGAACAGGAAUGAUGCACCUGUCAGCCUCGGGCCUCCACCCGGCCAGGGUACGCUGGAGGCUCAACAGCCACGUAAGACUCCUUCAAAACGACAGACGACGAGGAAUGACGUGCAGACCACGUCUGUGCAGCAUGGUCUUCAAGCACCUAUUGGCAAGAUGACACAGGACAUAUUGGAUCAUUCCAGAGGAUCAAAUGAAAGCCAUAGAGUCCUUUUAACAGACUUACAGAAGCCAACCUUUGAAAGUCUGGAUGGUGGUGCGAACACCCGUGAGUGUAAUGUUUCAUCCCUGGCCCUCCAGAGCCAAGCAGAUACGGCUGUAAAAACAGUUGAAGGCACAGAAAUACUAGUUAAUGAGAAGGUAGAGGGUAAUGAGGUAUGUAAGGUAUUAAUGCAGACUGAGAGUGUGGCCCCAACUGAGAAGAUAGUUGAGAUGGAGACUGAAGCUGCUGCUCCACACGAAAAGAGUAGAGAUGCUGUGGAUAGAGACGUGGAUGUUGAAAUUGUGGAAGCUUCUUCCAAAGAGAGGAAUGAAUCAAAAGUGGUGCAAGAAAAUUGUCCAGAAUUACAGACUCUGAAGCCAAAUGUAACUGAGAAUGUCAUGCCACAGUUACCAAAUAACCCAGAAAACACACAGGAGCAAAGUUUAGUCUUCAAUGAAAUUCCUAAACCUGUGUCAAAAGUCAUAUCGAUCGCUGAACUUCUUAGAUCUCAAUUAAAGGCACUUGAUCCCACUCUAACAUAUUCAGUGCCAGUUCAAGAACCAACACCAGCUGCUCCAAUGACAUGUGAGGGAUUGAGACAUGAUGACAGACAGUGUACAGUGGAAGUGAAGAAGUCAACGCCUGACAGCAAAUCUGAGGCUAUUACUGACGAUACUCCCCCAACAAACAUAAAGGCAAUACUUAUGGAGGUGUAUCUUCAACUCCAUGAAACUAUAGAGGAACAAAUUCAUACUCCUAGUAAAACUUCACCACCUCUUCAGGCGCCACAGAAAGGAAACGAAGGUGUCGUGAACACUGGGCAGGAAACUGGAGCAUCACGUCUGGUUCCUUCGAUAGAUUGUCCUGUUGUUUCACUCACAAGUCAAGACAAACUUCCUCCCGCAACUGCUAAGGCUGAACAAGCCAACAGACCGACAUCAGUUUCAAACCUCUCUGGAACUGUCAGCCGAGGAUCUGGGACUACAAGGUCCAGCAGUCAGGAGUCAAAUAUUAUGAUUGUGAAGCAUGUCCAAAACGAACCUGCUCAAGGCAAAGAAGUGGAAUCGGUUAAAAGGUUAACUCCAGAAAUUAAACUCAAUGGCGAACCUGAAAGGGAGAUUACUGAAAUGAAUUCCACAGUACUUUUAGAUCCAUGCGACAUGAAAGAACAGAACACAAACACGAGUUCUUUGCAGAGUGUGCAAUUGAUUUCCGCUCAAAGUUUAUCAAGCACAGAAACACAAGAGAAUAUCCUACAACUUCUUCAGCCGGACAGCUCUAUGGUUGAGGAGCUCUCAAGGAGCGAGUCCUUAAUCAGUCCAACUCUUGAGGCCAGCCCUUUGCUAAAGAGAAGAGACUGUGCUUCACCAAUUCCCUCUGCUACUCCACAAGAGCUGGCCUCUGGGGCCCGCCGCAAAAUCCUUGUACCCAAGUCCAAAUCCGAGGAGGCCGCAGAGGCUGCAUCUCCUGUCGAUAACCAAGCUGAGAAAAAGGAGGUUUCUACACAGAACAACAAGCUUUCCACGAGUCCUGUGACCCCCUCUGUGUCUCCAAGCCUGUCUCGACGGUCAGCUCUUCUUCAGCUGGCUGGUGAGCGGACGUCUCCUGUAGAAAGACGUUCUCCACUCUUGAACAGGAGAAAGACAAUGCUAGAGACUGAAGCCUCAAACCAGCAGCCCACUGAGAAGACCAACAACCUGAAAACUGAGGAACAGGCGAAACCUACAGAGAAGGACAAACACGACCCAUUCAAAGCUCCUCAAGUUAUCCGCAAGAUCAGGGCCGAAACCUUCUCCGACGCCUCAGGACACUUGAAACUGUGGUGCCAGUUCUUCAAUGUUCUCAGUGACUCUACAAUCAAAUGGUACAAAAAUGAAGAGGUGAUCACGCAGAUUAAAAGAAGUGCAGGGGAUGAGACUCAGGUGAAUCUUGCCAUUGUUCAGGCAUCAUGCAGAGACUUCGGUGUUUACGGAUGCUCAAUCACAAAUGAAUAUGGGACGGACUCAACAGACACACUGCUUAGUGCAGAAAUUAUAGCCGGAAUGUCCCUACGUGAGGAUCUUGGUGUUGGAGAAGAAAUCGAAAUGACGCCCCUGAUAUUCACCAAGGGUCUGGCUGAUUGUGGUGUCUGGGCCAACAAAUUAUUUGGCCGUAUAACGAUGCAGGAGUCACAAAUCGGCUAUGGCUGCUCUCACAAAGUCUGGAGGGCAAAAGUCAUCUAUGGUCUGGAGCCUGUGUAUGAGUCUGGUGACACAUGCAUCAUCAAAGUACAUAACCCUAUCGCAUAUGGAGGCAAAGAAGAAAGCAACCUUUUAGAAAGAAACCUGGACAUCAUCAAGCAGCAUUGUAAAAUCCAGAACCUGGCUCGUGAAUACUGCAAAAUCUUCUCAGCUGAAGCAAGAGUGCUUGAUAAUUUUGGCUCCUCUCUUGAGGUGAUUCCAGUCUAUCUGAUGUACCGACCAGCAAACACUGUCCCCUACGCCACAGUGGAGGCUGAUCUGACCGGAGACUACCAGAAACACUCUGUCCUGGAUCACACGGGCAGAUUAGACGUGAAGACUGGUUCGGAGGUGGCGCAGAAGUGCUGUGCCCUGCAGCACUGGAUCUUUCAGUGGACCAAUGGCAACCUGCUCCUCACUCGGCUGGAAGGUGUUGACACCAAGAUCACCAAUGUUGGGAUUUCAGUCAAAUCCACGGGGCAUCAAGGUUUAUCUGUUGAAGGGAAUCCCAAAGUUUUUGAGCAGUUUGUCUCCCAGCACCAGUGCAACUACUUCUGUGGUCUGCUUAGCCUGAGGUCACUGAAGGUCAUGGACUCUUUACUGACACCAACAAAGCCCAAAGGCUCCAGGAGCCCAUUGCUUCAACGCAAGAUGGCUGCUGGUUCCUCCAGCCCCCAGACGGGCCGGAAAGCUGCUGGUAGCCCCAGACUGCCAAGAAAGACCGAGCAGGACGGCACAAAGACCCCAACUACACAAAAAGCUGCAGAUGCUCCCACCAUAGUUAAGACAGACACAGAAUGAAGAUCUCCACAAAAACCCUGGAGGAGCUGGAGCGACGAUAGAUGAAACCCCUCAGAGACCAUGGAAGGGGAUGAAUAAAUAAUAAGACUUGAUUUAAUUCUAACAGCCGCCAUUCCUCGUCAUGAUCACUUGUUGUGGACUGAUGCCUUCACAUGUUGUGGUUAAUCUCCACAGGAAUGUAUGUUGACAUGCUGUGACUGAAGCUGUUGUGUAAUCAGAAGUAUUGGCUUGUCCUGGGUUUGUAUUCUAUAAACCCAUGAACCCUUGGUUACAGGUGCCAGUCAGAGGUUAGUGUUUUUGUACAAUGUGAUGACAUAAAACAUUUUGGACUGAAGUGGCCUAAUGUGCUGUCUAGCCCAUGUGUAUUUAUCGAUGUAAGAGCACAAUUUUUUCUUUUAUAGUCACCUUUAUAAAUGCAAUGGAAAAAAACAACAAGAUAUGUCUGGUUGGAGAGCACAUUCUGAAGGCUGGAAGAAAAUAAAAUAUUUUUUUCCAUGUAUCAGUCAAAAUGUAGCCUCAAAAUCACACUGUUGUACAGUGGCUGGUGCUGCAGAGCUUUUAUAUUGUACGCUGCCAUGUUGACCUGCUGUUACAUUGCACCACAUUUUCAGAAACUGCACCUUUGAAUGCAACUGGCUGUAAAAUAAAAUACAUAUUAAGAUA